GUUUCCACCACCCAUGGAGUCUCUUUCAUUAUCCAUCUCCAUUCCCACGCGUUCCUCUGAUCACUGCACAACUCAACUCCUGAAGCCCAACUCCACCUCUCUUCGAUCAUCCCACCCAACCCGAAAUUUCACCCCCCAUUGCUCAAAUUCACCACAAAACCAUGCCAGCCCAACGCCUCUCACCGGCGCUAAUCUUCACGGGAACUCUCCGAAAGCCCUUUUCUUCUCUAUUUUCACGGGUUUAUCUUUCCCCUGUUCGUGCUUUGCUUCUGAAAUUGCUGCACCCACUGAAGAGAUUCCAAGUAAAAUAAAUUUAGAAGCAAUUCUGGUCUCCAUUGAUGAACUGCUCACUAGGUAUCCCUUUGUUGCUUUUGGGGUUGCAUUUAUUUGGCUUGCAGCAGUCCCACUCACUCAGCAGUACAUGCAGAAGUACAAGUUCAUCUCUGCCAUUAAUGCAUUUAAGAAGCUCCGGGAUGACCCGAAUUAUCAGAUGUUAGAUAUCAGGGAUAAGAGGGCUCUGGCCUAUUUAAAUUCCCCCAAUUUGAAACUCUUGAAAAAGAGUGCGAGACAGGUUCAUUUCGUUGGAGGAAAUGAAGAUGCUUUUGUCAAGGAGGUUAUGGAGAAAUUUCCAGAACCGCAAAGCACAAAUGUUUGCAUUAUAGACCAGUGAGCUUUCCCAAUCUUUGUGAUAUAAGUUGAUACUUUUCAUAUCUUACUGGUUGCAGCAAAUUUUGUUUGCAGCAAUAUUUGUUAAGUCAUCUCACAUCUAAGCACAUCGACCAAAUACAAAAACAUAGAUCUGCAUAUAAGUGAUUAGCCUGUCAGAUUGACUGUGGGGCGAAACCUCCAGCAUUAGGUUCCACCGUUCCAAUGAGUAGUUUGAUCCUUGUAAGCACCAACAGUAAGCAUUUUGAUAUAGUACAAUAUGUGUACUUGACCUAUGUGGGAUGAUUUAACAAUACUUUAUGUGUUAAUUGCAGUGCAUUGAGUUCAAAAUUGGAAUGGACUUGACUGUGUUAUGGGUCAUUAUUAGGUGUUAAAUAGGAUUGUUUACCUCUAGGAUUUAAAAUUAGUAUAUACGGUGUCUGACGAUUUUGAAAAAUGAAUAAAUGAUGUAUAUUGACUGCUAUGUGGAAGGUAGUUUUGAUGGUAACUCGAUCACAGUGGCUGAACUCUUGGUAAAAAGUGGUUUCAAAGAGGCCUAUGCAAUCCGAGGUGGGCUACGAGGCAGUAAAGGGUGGCAGGUGAUAUCACUAUCUAUUCUAAAUGUGCUUAAUCUGGGAAUAACUGAAUAAGUUGAUACAUUGGCACAUUGCAACCAUGUGUCUUGAAUCUUAACAGUAAUAAAAUGUGCACUCUAGCCAAAUUUCUAGUUAUAAAAUAGGGAAUAGUAUGGAAAAAGUACAUGUGGUUGGGCGAAUUUUCAUAUAGGGGUCUGCGUUUCAUUUCUUAAAAAACUAAUCUAUGUGCUUUGAUUCUCUUAUCACUGGAGAGGUCCGCUACCUAACACCAUCAGAAAUCGCCCGAAGAAGGCGAUGAACUUCUCCCUUUUGUUAAAAAACUAAUCUAUGUGCUUUGAUCGCAUGUCCAUUUUGUUGUAGGAGAUACAAGAAGAACUUCUCCCUUUAUCUGUUCGUGUCUACCCCAAGAAGAAAGCCAAAGUGUUGGAACUGGAACAAGGUAACAGUACAGAUGCCAUCCAGCCAGAUGAAGAUAUGGAUUCCGGUAUUAAAAGAGGUGAAGAGAUUAUCAAGGGAUCUGUUACAAUGCCCCUUGAGAUCAACUCAAGUGGUUAUAGGCCAUUAUCUCCCUAUACAAAUUACCCAGAUUUGAAGCCUCCGUCGUCUCCAACUCCAUCAAAGCCCUCGGUUGCACCGGUUGAUGCUGUGUAAUAGUUAUAUACAGAGAGUAGUCAUCAGUAGAACAGAAUUUGCAUUGUUUCCCUCCAUAUCAAUACAUUGUAGGGAUAGAAUGCAUUGAGGGGCCGUGUAGUGAGUAAUUGUGCAAGACUAUGUCAGGCAUAUGGCAAGUGAGGCCGUCACCUUCCCAUUGUUCUAUUUGUAGCUUGUAUAAUGUAUCCAUAACCCAUAGCUGUAUUUCUUCUGCCAUUUGGUUAUUCCAAUAGAGAGAAUGGUUCAGUUUGUCACGUACUCACGUACACAUGCAUUUAAUUAUUGCUCGCCAUAGGACUUUAUUAGCAACUUAUUGACAGUUUUUUAUGUCCGUUCUAGUCUAUUUAUUUUUCGAUUAGUUACUCUCAGUACCAAUGGAACAUGUCAUUUGAUCGUCAUAUAUAUAGACAUGUGUGUGCAAAUUA